GGGGUAGCAUUCCAUAUCUCAGCCGUGAAGUAUUUGAAUAUAUUAGCAACACAAUACCAGCGUUGCAGUUUUCAUUAUCAACUAUUGACCAUAUGACAGAUUCGGUAAAAUUAUUCAACGAUUCUCUUAGUGCCUAUGUCGGUUACCCAGAAUGCCUCUCUCUGUUGAUGGUACGGGACCCCUGCGAGGUCACACCGAGUGGGUAUAACGACAAAAAUACAGUACCUCUUUUUACCAGACGAGGAAAGGAAAAAUUAGACCCGAAAAGAUAUAUGGAUGUUGUAGAAAGCCUAACACCUGAUAUCUACCAAGGUUUAUGCGAUGCCGACACAAAUGUGGGUAGCUCCAAAAAGCGUUUGACCAAGAGUGUCCAUCGCACAACCCAAUUUAUGGAUAUCUGCUAUGAUCGACAUAAAAAUUCUAAUAAUUCAAGCAAGUGUACACUAUUUGCCCUGAUCUGCAAUCCGAUUCGAAGGAUUUGUUUCCGAGAAAUUUUUUUCCGGGAAAUUAUUUCCGAUUCCACUUUUUUCUACAUUGAUGUCCUGCAUUCCGAGUAUCCGAAUUUUUUUGUCGGAAAUUUUUCGAUCAAGUAAAAGCCACUGGAAUAGAAAAAAAAACAAACAUAUAUAAUAGCCCAUGGUGGAAUUAUACCAGGUGAAGUAAUUAUUA